UGGGACGGUGUGCUAAUGGGGAAACGGGUGCCAGGAGCCCAAGGCAGGUUGCAAGCACACGAAGUUGGCAUCCUGCUCCGCUGAAAGGCGGUCACCAUCUUUCGCGCCACCCUGCGAGAGGCACGAGGAAGGCGCUGGUCUGUGCGGAGACGGAUUCCAGACCCGGGAGGAGAGAAAGCGUCGCCCCAGGAGCCGCGGUCCCGCCCAGGUACAGCCGAGGAAAGGGGCGGGGAGGCCCAGGCGGCUGACAGCCCGCGGAAAUGCGGAGGGUCCCGUGGCCGUCCCGUGCGGGACCGCCUUCCCUCCCCGUUUUUUCGCCGGAAGAUCGGAAACUUCUCAGCCGGCUGGAGAAACGGAGACGCAGCUGAGCGUGUGCCAAGAAGCAGCCGGUACUGAAAAACUGGAGAAGUUUGUGUAUCUUCAAAGACAAGAUCCACAAAGAGUUCCCAUCUAGGAGAGAGGCAAAGGUCAAGGAAAGCUACUUUAAUAUCCUAUCAGACCUGUUUCCAGUCUGCGAAAGCUGCCAUGGAGCAGAUCAAUUAUUUUUUCCACUCUAUCUGGUCUUUCAUAUACUUAAAACAUCAGGAGGGCAUCUAUAACACAAUCUGCCUCGCUGUUUUGAUGGGGUUACCUGCUCUUCUGCUCCUUUUUGGAAUUUUCAUCUGCUGCCAUUGUUGUUUUUGUGGCCGGCAGCAGAAAGACAAAAACAGCCACAGCAGCUGUGGUCUACCCCAAGGGAAGAGAAGAAACAAUAUUACGAAGAAGAAAAAGAAAGAAGAGGAUCUGUGGAUUUCAGCCCAACCCAAAGUGCUCCUGCUAGAAAAGAGGCCAUCAUUGUUGGUCUAGAGGAAGGCAGGUGGACAACAGUUAUUUCCCUUUCCUAUACAGGUCUCAUAGUUCAGCUCUGCAUCAUAAAGCUGAGAACAUACCAUACUGACUUACUUCCAUAUGAAGGAAGCGACUUUUUAAUCGUAGGAAUGUGGCUGGCAUUUUCAAGUUGGGCAUAUGUUUUACAAGCAAGAUGCAACAUUGCACCUAUGCAGAAUGAAUGAAUGGUAUGCAUCCACUGAAUACAUGUUACUUCAAUGUAGACUGAAUAAUAUGCUUACGUUGACUCAGUAGCACAAAUUACUCUACAAAUAGGCAUUUGUGGCCUUAGGAUGCAGAAUUCGAACUAGAACUUUUGCUUUGCCUAACAUAGCUUGCACUGAAAGCUUAUGUGCACUAGCAAAUAAGAAAGCAAGCAAACACUGCUGUACACGCAUAUGUAACAUGUAUUACGAUAGACACUUACUUAGACAAUCAGAUUGCACUGAUAUGUAAGCCAAGGAAUUUGUUUAGGUGGUUUUUAAAAGGAAUUAUAUCAUCAUGGAGGAGAAGUCUAUCAGUGAUUAUUUGCCUAGUUUUGGAAGAAAGUUGCUGAGCUAGUUGGGCCUUGGACUGAACAUUGGAGCAAAUAAGGAAUCCCUUAUUAACAAAAUUGUCUCCAUACCUUAUCUAGUCAGGGGUUUAUAAGUUCUAUAAUUGUUACACAUUGCUCAGCAUAGUAAUAAUCUCAACUUUCAUUCUUAAAAGGGCUAGGUUUUUAGAACUUCUGGCUAUGCUGACAGCUUAGUAUGUUCCAAAUUUGGGGGGAGGGGGAGGCUGAGAAUAAGAAAGAUGAGACAUUAGUGUCCCACAAGUAGCAGAAGGAUAAAUUACACAGAAUGUGUAUGUGUACACUUUAUUUUCCAGCACAUCAGUCUCUAUCUAUUUAUCUCCAAACAUCUGGAACUCUUAUUUACAAUUCUGCAUACUCAAACACCAAGUUAUGUGGAACUUCUGAAUAACUAAACUGAAGACUGGGCUGUGAAACAUUUCUCUGAAAGGUUAUAUCAGUAUAAUGAACACCAAUAUCAUACCAAUCAACAUGGUGUGGGAGGGAACCCUCCAUUCUGGGAACAAGUCGCCCUCUUUGCAGGGAGAUGGGCAGUAAUAGAAAUUUGACUAAUAAAUAAACAAACAAACAACGUAUUAGGACAGGGGAAUAAUCAAUCCCUUGGUCAAGGCAAUUGCAAAUAUGUGUUUGCAUUUUCAUGAAACGUCUGUCUAUUACUCUGGGCUUAGAUUAGGCAAUGGGGUGAUAUACCAGUUUGUUACCAAUUUAUGUCCUGUGCCUUAUUUUUGGACCUGCAUCCUAGGGUGAAAAAGAAACCAACAACCUUUUUAUUUAAAAAUAAAUUUAUUUUAAUGGAA